CGUCUGUAAAAUGACGAUGUUCUCGUUAGUGCCCGGAGUGUCUCAAGUCGAAACGGUUUCCAGUUGCAAGUGAAAAGUGUCUGGCAUGUAACGACGAUGAAAAGGUGUGUGUGGAGUUUUCGCACUGACCGUGUUCACAGCGAGGAUAGCGGUGGAACAUUUUAAAGCAUUCACAAGCGAACCAUGCCCGAUGAGCGCCGCCAUCUUCUACCCCGUCGUCGAAGCGGACUGCGCGAGUGAGCAAUAGGAGGCGCCUCGGGCGGCUGCGCUUGUUGUUUCCCAUCGUCCGCCAUUUUACGGUCGCCAUUGAGAAGUGAAAACCCUCCUAAAUGUUCUCGAAUAAUAGCGGCCUCGCCGUGUGAUUUUUGGUGCUGAGAGAGGCGCGCCGUCGCGAGAAGUGUUGCUAAUGAAUGUACGGCGUACGAUGGAGAAGCCAUGACGCAUCCGUCGCAUCAAACGAACGGCGCUAGCCUGGAGGACUGCCACACGAAUUUCUUCGCGCUGACGGACCUCUGUGGCAUCAAAUGGAAGAAGCUCGUAUGGGGCGAGGUGGCCGGCGAUUUCGGGGGCACGCCCCUGGAAGACCCGGUGCUGUCGAGUUUCUCACGAUGCCUCGCGGGUGACAUCCUCUGCGUGUGGCGACGGGUCGCCGCUACGCCGGCCACUUCCGGCCCGGCGACCACCUCGGCAACCGGAGCCGGCAUCUUCGACUUGGGCAUCGCACCAUCGCCCGCGCCACCGCCCCUCUCCCUCACCGCCGCGAAGGAACUCUGGAUCUUCUGGUACGGCGAGGAACCCGAUCUCUCCGGCCUCGUGUCGCCGGAACUCAUCGCGUGCGAAAGUGAACAGGGUUCUUGGGAAAGUGGAUUAUCGUACGAAUGCCGGUCACUUCUUUUCAAGGCUCUGCACAACUUGAUCGAACGGUGCUUAUUAUCGCGGGAUUUCGUUCGCUUAGGAAAGUGGUUCGUACAACCUUAUGACGGAUUCGAAAAACACCGUUGCAGUAGCAGUCACUUGUCGUUCUCAUUUGCAUUCUUUGUCCAUGGAGAGAGCACCGUCUGUGCAAGCGUGGACGUCAGGCAGCAUCCCGCUGUACGGCAUCUCACGAGGACUUGUUUACAACGUACCCAAACCUCUCAAUCUGGUGUUAAAGUGAUCCUAGCUCCUUACGGACUAGCGGGCACGUUGACUGGACCCGUGGGACGUACAGACAGUCAACUCCUCGAGGAAUGGAAACACUUUUACCCGAUUAACGGCAGCAGCGUAGAAGCGGGACUUCCGCCCCUGGUAGAAGUGCUCGUCGGCGGCGUUCGCAUGCGUUAUCCUUCUUGCUACGUCCUGGUCACCGAUAUGGACGACACUCCUCCCGAUACUCCUCUCUCUCCUCCGAGCAGUCCCGCCAGCUGCGAGCAUCCCCUCCUGGGUCAACAGGAGCUACGAGCAGCCACGGAACUCCCGGAACGCGUAUGGGCAGAAUGUACUUUGGGCUCACCGAUUUCUACUUCCAAAACAAUCGAAUCUUCCACGGAACCUGGAACCUGGACGUUCAACGAUCCAACGCAAAAGUCUUCCUGUACCUGUUCGAAGUAUGCGACCCCCGGGGGUUGGAAAAGCUUGGCCUCCUCUCAGGUUCAGAGGGAGAGAGUAGACAAAGGUGGACGGAGGGUCGUACCGUUUCAUCGACGCUCUACCACCCAGUGGGAUGCUUGUCCCUCUGUCCCUGCUAAUGCCCCCAGGACUGUAUUGAACCGAACAGAAGCACCGAGCACACCACCGGGCGGACCUCUUUCUUACUCGAGGGGACCACCAACAGGAGGAGACUGUCUACCAGUUCCAUCCGUUGGCUCGCCAGGUUCCCCAGCACCCUCGCCUCUUCCAACUCCACAUUCCGAGCCAGCGUCGGUUCCUCCGGCAGAACCUACAAUGCCUACCCUCAGUCCUCAACCACCACCCAGUCACACGAACACUGCCCCGCCGUUAACUCCUUCCCAAGGCCCGAAGUCGACCUCCUCCGCGUGCAAUAACCAAGCGCAUAGUCCAGCACCUGGACCAACAUUGAAACGACCAGUCUUAGCCUCUAGAGAAUGCGAGGAUAUAUAUUUAGAAAACGAACAGUCGUUACCAUGGCUGUACGAUUAUUCGACGCAGGAAGCGUGGCUGAAUCAUCCUGUGAAACGUUUUAAAGAAUCGCAUCAAACCAGCCCGAUGAACGCGCGGAGCAAAAAUCUGUAUCCACCGAUGAACUCUCAGGUUCCUCAAUUACAAACGCCGAAGCUAGAGAUUAAACAGGAACCUAACGUCAACGUAGGAGAUUGCAUCGGAAGAAGAACGGACCCUUACGAGUUCGACGCUGCAGGCGAAGAAAAUGGUACAGGCGUCGAUGGGCUCAGACGGCAGAGGGACGAUCCUACCAAACCGUCGUCUCUGUUCACCAGCGAAGGUCUCCAAGCAUCUUACAAAGAUCUGGAUCAAAUCUUCGACAAUUCCGAUCCCGAUACUUCUAGCGAUGAAACCAAUUUGAACCAGCUUCAAGUACAAACCCCACCGGAGUCAAACAGAUCCGGCGGGCUGCACGAAGAAACCAGAGUAGACGCCGGUAACAGACAUAACAAUCGGGGCGUGGGCGUGUUACGGCCAGAGGAGCUUUCGAAGAUGUUCCCGACACCGCCAUCCCUAGAGCAUAAUCCCGUCGCCUCACCUUGUCAGCUGAACGACUCUUUAAUGGACCAGACGGAACUCUCUGUACCUCAACGACCACUUAGGCAUCUACCCGACAUCUAUCCGAAUAUGGGAUCCCCUCAAGAAGAGCCAAUCGAGGAUUGGUCCUACGUGUUCAAACCCCCGACUAUUUGUAAGAUGGUUGGUUCUUCCAAGUAUGCUCCUUUGACGAAUUUGCCUAGCCAAUCUCUACCGCCCGUUACACUGCCAUCGCACUGCGUGUAUAGACCUUCCUGGCAGUGCAAUCCUACUUCGAACAAUACAGAGAAACCACUUCCGCCGACCAGACCCGGUUCGGUCCAGCAGCAACCCUGCCCUCCGAGCCCGGCACCGCUGGGAGUGCCGUAUCGAUCGGCGACCAUCUCCGGAAGACCGCCGCCGCCGCCUUACGAUCAGCCGAGUCCAGCGACGUCCACCACGUCUUCGUAUCUAAACAAGAACUUGAACAGCAUCGAGGCGGACACGCCAGGGCCCGCUCGCGUCCCAGAAUCGAACUCUCUCGUAGUGAAUAUCCUGUUAGGUGACACCGCGCUUAAUAUCUUCCGCGAUCACAAUUUCGAUAGUUGCAGUCUUUGUGUGUGCAAUGCAGGUCCUAAGGUUGUCGGUAACAUUAAAGGUGCCGACGCCGGCGUUUAUCUAACGCACUCGUGGUCGGGCGGGGCACUCUUUCAAGACGAUGAUCAAAUCAAAUGCAGUUGCGGUUUUAGCGCGGUCGUCAAUCGCCGGCUGGCUCACAAGGCCGGGCUGUUCUACGAAGACGAGAUGGAGAUCACGGGCAUCGCGGAGGACCCCGCGGAGAAGAAGAAAACGUCGUUGGUUACCAUCGCCUGCGGUGGUGGCAAGCCGUUAGAAGAUCUAGACAUGAUACCACCUAAUGUGUUGGAAUUGCUCAGAGAACAGUGUUUGAUCGUGCAGAGCUCCGCGAGUAGUCUUUACAGAGCAUCGAGGAUUUACGCGGCUACGAGAAGCUACCCGACCCUGACGCCCACCGUGAAUAUGUUGGAGUUCAACGACGGUAACGAAGUAUCACUGGCGGCACUCGAUCAGGGUAAAAUCAACGGUACGCACAACGAGAGGACUAAUCGCGUGAUCGGUGUGCAUCGGUGGGUGUUUCUCAGAGCGAAGGGUCCUCAGUGCAGUGGUGAUAUCGUGCGAAUGAUGAGAGCGUUGCAACCGCUGUUGCAAGACGCGGUGCAGAAAAAGUGCACCACUCGAAUGUGGGAGGCGCCGUACACCGUGAGAGGUCCUUUGACCUGGAGGCAGUUCCAUCGUCUGGCCGGUCGCGGGACCGACGACCGCUGCGAACCUCAGCCAAUACCCGCGUUGGUCGUCGGAUACGAUCGCGACUGGCUGUCCUUAUCGCCGUACGCUCUCAGCUACUGGGAGAAACUACUGUUGGAGCCGUACUCCGGGCCGAGGGACGUCGCCUACGUCGUCGUGGCACCGGACAGCGACUGCGUCAUCAACAAAGUGAAAUCGUUCUUCCGCGAAUUAUCGACCACGUACGAAAUUUGUCGACUGGGAAGGCAUACGCCCAUCGCGAAAGCGUUGCGCGAUGGUAUUCUUCGCGUAGGAAGAUCAUCCGUGCAGAAGCAAGUGAAACAACCGAUCGAUGACUGGUUUAAACUUUUAGGAGAGAACCAAUUAGGCGAACUGCUGCGAUUAUACGCUCAAGUUUGUAACCAUCGAUUAGCUCCGUAUUUAACGCAAGUCAUCCAAGAUCGAAGUUUAUUAGAUCCGGGAGACUCGCAAUCGACCAAACAGCAACAGCAACAACAACAAACUACUGCUAUUCCCGUUACCGAUACAAUGCCAGCUACGCCUGACGUGAUGACCAGCAAACCUGAAUCCGUCGAAGGAGAAAAUCCUAGGAGCGAAACUCCAUCGAACACAGGAGCAAAUUCGAAUUCCAAUACUGGUAAUACGACGCCAACUUCGCAACCUACCACGAUACAUACUAGUACCACGACGGGGCCCGAUGAAGAGGAAGUUGAGCCACCAGCCGUGGUCGUUUACUUGGUGGAACCUUUCUCGUUGGGAGGCCCCGAGGAUCCUGACCGUCGCAGGCUCGCGAUUCUAGCUCUAUUACGCGCAUAUUCCGCAGCACUUAACAGCAUGCCAGAAAACAUCAGAUCCAACGUGAACGUUCAGAUAAUAUCCUUGGAGAGCAUAAUGGAAUUAGGUCGGGCCAGGGAGAGGCGCAAGAUACAGGACGAGAUGAGGGCCUUGGCGUUAAACGUGUUUCUGCAAGGCCGUCGGUUGUUAAACCAUAACUCCACGGUAAAAAGUCUUACUGGCUUUGGUACCGCUGCGGCAGCAGAUCUUUUCCUUAAGAGUAAAGACGAACGAAACCGAGCCCCGUACCGGCUGUACGCACCGGCCUACGUUCUGGCUCCUCUUCGGGCGAAGAGCGAGGCACCGGAAUCUUUCGGCAUCGCCGGACAGGAAGAGUGCGCGGUGCUGUACCUAAGCUACUGCCUCAGCGAGGAUCAAUCUUGGCUGCUCGCGGUCGCCACCGACGAUAGGGGCGAGAUAUUCGAGACGGCUACCAUUAACAUCGACAUACCCAACAGGAAAAGGAGGAAACGCGCUUCGGCCAGACGAAUCGGGUUGCAGAAAUUGAUGGACUUCAUACUUAGCGUGAUGUCCCAAGGUGUACAGCCUUGGAGAUUGGUAGUAGGUCGCGUUGGACGUAUCGGGCACGGUGAACUCAAAGGAUGGAGCUGGUUACUGUCUAGAAAAGCGCUUCUGAAAGCCUCUAAACACCUUAAAGAAAUAUGCAGCCAGUGCAGUCUUCUCUAUCCAACAGCGGCACCUUGCGUGCUCAGCGCUUGUUUAGUUUCGCUCGAGCCAGAUUCUACUCUCAGGCUGAUGGCUGAUCAAUUUACGCCCGAUGAAAGGUUCGGCCAGGCCUCGGUAAAUUGCCAAUUAUCUACACCACAAGACGUUACAUGCACCCAUAUUCUCGUCUUUCCUACAUCCGCCACCACACAGUCGUCGCAGACUGCAUUCCAAGAACAACAUAUUAAUGGACCAGAAUUAGGAGACGACGAGCUAUUCUCUGCGUUGAACGACGAUAUGCCGGAAGGUAUGGAAGGUAUGGGAGACUUCAAUGAUAUCUUCAGCGUGUGGGCUGAACCCGGGGCUGGUGGAGGACAAAGUCCUGGCGCUAGUCCUCAUCGACCCGAGGGAUCCCCGCUGGGUGGUGACGGUGGUGGCUCGGGUCUAGGGAAUCACGAUGGUCCUGGUAGUCCGUUUCCAUGUAGCAACACGCCAAGAGUAGCUGUUGCUGAGCAGGCAGAAGAAGUGGGAACGUUGCUGCAGCAACCGCUCGCUCUCGGUUACUUGGUUUCCACCGCGCCGACAGGACGAAUGCCACCGUGGUUUUGGUCAGCUUGUCCCCAUCUCGAAGGAGUCUGCCCCGUGUUCUUGAAGAAUGCUUUACACCUGCAUAGCCCGGCAAUACAGCAGAAUAGCGAUGACCUGUUACAACAGCAAAGUGCUCUCACUGCUCAUCCGCUAGACUCACAAUAUACCACCGAUGUGCUCAGAUACGUGCUGGAAGGGUACAACGCAUUGUCGUGGCUCGCAGUGGACGCGAACACGAAGGACCGGCUGUCCUGUUUGCCAGUGCAUGUGCAGGCGCUCAUGCAGCUCUACCACGCGGCGGCUGCUCUCGUCUGACCCACACCCUUUCCCUUCGUAGUGCAGUACGUGCACCUCUUUCACGCACUCCUUUACCGAUACCCGUCACUCGGGGCUUUACGAGGGCAACUGUGGUUCCCUUCAUCCGUCUUCGACCGCACGUUAAACACUUCGAGAUUCCCCCCCGGACAAUUGUUGGGAGUAAACGAUAUUAUUCCCAUACCCCCCACGACCGUGUAGUCGGUAAAAUCUCAGAAUGCGAAAUAACCGAGAAUUUUUUUCUUUACUCGGUUCCUUCGCUUUGUUUUUUAUUUAUUAUUUCUUCUUUCUUCCUUUUGUUUGAAUAUAGUGAAUCAUGUUACAACGCGCCGACGCUGCGAAAACUGUUGAUAAUUAUCGAUGAAACGGUGGAUAUUCUUUUCGACUUCUUUCCUGAUCACGUUUAAUUUGAAACGAGAGAAACUGAAUACGGUGCUGUCCGAUUAAUUGACAACGGAUUCCAGGAAUUGCCUCUUGACUCAAAUAGAAUUGGGCGUGGAUAAAAUAGAAAGGAACAGUUGAAAACGGAAGUGUAGAGAUAGAGAAUCACGCCUUACCAAAGCAUUUCCGGGUCGCGGGGUGGACGCGUCAAUUAAACGGGCGCAACUGUAUUUCUCACGUUGUUUCUUUUUAACCAGUAAUCACACGAGGUAACAAACAAAAAAUUGAUAAUAUAAGGUAAAAUUACUAACGACUGCAUAUAUUUGCCGCAUACCAAAUGAAGUCUGAGUGGAAGGAUAGAGUCGCAUGCGAGAGAGAGACUGAUCGAACGAAAGGGAGGGAGCGAAAGGACUUGGGACGAAAGUGCGUGAGAGAGGGUGAGUAGAAAGAACGGGAAGAAUGCGCGUGUACAAGAAAAGGGGAAGCAAAAAGAGAGAGCGCGUAAAAACAAAAAAUGAAAAACGACGAGUUUAACUUAAAUAAUCGCCUCUCUGUCGGUAGAUAGUUCAAUUAUUAUAAAUCAGAAUCUCUAGAAGAAAAUUACGUAAUGAG